AUGCACGGCCGCACGGGCGCGCCCGCUCGGGUGCCGCCGCCUCGGAUGCCGCCGCCCGCGCCGCUGCCCGAGGCGCCCGACUCGCCGAGGGAAGACGCCGAGGACUCCGACCCGCCGGACGAGCCCGAGCUGGACCCCGCCGGGCCGGUCCGGCGCUUCCGGCUGCGCUGCGAGGGCCGCUGGCGCGUCCGCGACGCCCCGACGCUCGGCUCUAGGGUGCUGGGCACGAUGGCCGACGGCACCGUCGUGGUCGGCAGUGCCGUGGCGGGCCCGGGCGAGGGCCCGGCGCCGCCCGAGGCCGGGGACGCGGCCGCCUUCGACGCGCUGUGGGUGCGGGCCCUGCGCUUCGAGACGCGGGAGCCCGCGGGCGUGUGCGGGCUCGGGCGGGACGCCGCCUGCGGGAGGGAGAUGUACUGCCUGCGGCGGAACGCGCUGGGCAUGGGGCUCUACGAGGUGGGCGCCGAGCCCCUGGACGGGCCGCUGGUGAUGCUGCCGGAGCGCCUGUCGGUGCUGCUGCACGCGGACGCGCGAGAGGCGCGCGAGGGCAGGGCGGGGGACGUCUCGCUCACCUGGAGGCUGCUGGAGGCGGCCGAGCACGUGGGGCGGCUCUUCGACUGGACCUCGGGGGGCCCCGGCGGCAGCGCCGAGCAGGGCGGCGGCGGUUCGGGCGGCCGCGGGCCCGAGGAGGCCUUCGAGGCGCGGCAGCGGGAGCUCCUGCGCCGGGCCGCGGAGGCCCUGCGGCGCUGCACGGACCGAGUCCUCGCCGCCGCCGGGAGCGGCGCCCGCCCGGGCGCCGACCUCACGGCCGGGCUCCCGGCGGAGGUCCGGGGCCGCUUCGCGCGGCUGCGCGCGUCGCUCCUCGCCGCGGAGAGGGCAGCGCCCGUGGUGACGAGCCACCCGGCCCGGCGCAGGGACCGCGCGCGGCCGCCCUCCGAGGAGCCGCGCCCCGAGGAGGGCGCCCCGGGCGAGGCCGAGGCCGCCAGCGGCUGCGCCGCGGAGCUGCGGGGCUUCUGCCGGCGGUGCGCGCGCAUCGAGCGCUCGGGGGGCUGGCCGGAGCUGCUCGCCGAGGUGCGGCUGGAGGCCAUCGCCUUCAGCCAGAGGAGUCAGGGCAGGGGCGUUGCGAUCCAGAGCCGUGCUCGAGAUCGCGCUGGUGCGUUCGGCAAGUACGGUUCUGCAGGUAUAGUGAUCGAGCUGUCUGAUGGUGGUGACCUGGAUUUGAUGGAACUGGAAGGAAUGGGUCGGCCGUGGCGCGGGCCGGCGGAGCCGGCCGCGGCGCACUCUCUGAAGCACCUCGGCAGGGCCAGGGCGGCCACAGACCGCGGCGGAGACUUGACUACGACGACGCCUGGCCUACACGCCACCGGCACGCCACCGGCAGACCCGCCGGCAGGGCCCGAGGCUGGACUGAGGCCGCGGCUGGCGCUUGUGGGCAGGCGCCAGGCGCGGCUGCAGUCCUGCGGCGUCCUCCUCGCGUCCACGGCGCCGUCGGCGUUGUAUCUGCAAUUCCUGAUGUGGGCCUGGGUCCUUGCGCCCAGCGAGCCCCAGCGGCCGCUGAGGCAGAACAAGCUCUUCGAGGACUUCGCCAAGGAGGCCGAGGCCAUGGACGAGGCCACCGUUCGGAACGAGGCGAACGCUGCGGUGGACUUUAUCGGAGCGAAGCUGGAGGCCAAGAGGCCGAAGGCGCCGGAGGCCUCUGCGCCGGAGAGGGAGCAGCAGGAGUUCACCAAGCUGAGCCAGGAGUUCGACCUCAAGCUGGGACAGCACGCAGAGCUGCAGAAGAAGGUGGCGGCGGCCGCCUCCAAGGCUGCGCUGCUGGAGGCGGCCCGGGAGCCGCUCAUGGCCAAGCUGGACAAGGCCAAGGGCUCCACGGUCACCGACCACUCCAUCUUCUACAACCACGCCCGCAAGUUCGAGGACUCCUACUUCGAGGACAUGGAUGCCCUCGGGGUGCUGCGGCCAGACGUCACGACCAGGGGCAACGUCUCUGCAUGCCCAGUGCUGCGCGACUGCGUGCCCCGGCAGCUCCAGAAGGGCGCCGCGAUCGCCAAGGAGGAGCGCAAGCAUCUCCGACUCGAGCUGCUUGGGUAA